AUGUUACUUUUUGUAAUUACUUUAAUAAUACCAAUUUUUGAUAUCACUUCAGCCGAUUAUAAGAGUUACAAAGACUACAAGGUCUAUGAAAUAGAAGGUGAUGCUCAAGAUAUUAUGGGACUGGUCACUUCUCUAUCUGAUGAUGAAGCAAUACCGUACUACAUGAAUACAAACUCAAGCGCAGAAAUUAUAAUUGCGCCUGAUUUGGAAGAAGAUUUCUCAAAAGCUGUUCAUGUUUAUAAAUUAAAUAAAAAAAUGCUCAUUAAAGAUUUUUCGAGAAUAAUAAAAAAUGAGAAACCAAUCAACCGUCAAAAUAAACUGUCAUUUUCUUGGACUGCCUAUUACGAUGUAGAUGAUAUUUACGACUAUUUAAAAGAUAUGAGUAAAAGGUACUCAAAGUGGACAGAUCUUGUGGUUGGAGGACAAAGCUAUGAAGGACGUAAAAUACUCGGCUUGCGUAUCAAGACGCCAACAGCAAAGGUCUAUAAACAAAUAGUUUUUAUUGAAUCAGGAAUUCACGCCCGAGAGUGGAUCGCCCCGGCAACGACAACGUACUUCAUCAACCAACUGCUGACCAGCACUGACCCGGCCAUCACGUCUUUGAGGGAUCAGUUUGAAUGGCACAUAUUUCCUACUGUCAACCCAGAUGGUUACCACUACAGUUAUACAGUUGAGCGUUUUUGGAGGAAGACGCGUUCAAAAUCGUCAGAAAAAUGCUAUGGCUCCGAUCCCAACCGCAAUUGGGAUUACAACUGGGGCAAAUCUGGAAUUUCUACUGACCCGUGUGACGACAUUUAUCCCGGCAUCAAACCAUUCUCCGAGGUGGAAACCCGAACACUUUCGGAAUACAUCCUGAGUUUGAACAUCACUGCUUACAUUGGAUUCCACUCUUUCGGUCCAGUACUCCUAAUUCCUUAUUCGGAUUCUUUGGAUAAUAUAAGCAACUAUGACGAUUUGGUCAAAAUUGGUAAAACUUCAAUCGAAUAUGGCGGAAUAGUAAAUGGAACUACAUACGUUGGCCCCGUGACUAGUGCUAGACAUUGGUACUCAGCUUCGGGCGGCAGCAUGGACUGGGUUCGAUACAAACUGAACACUCCACUAGUGUUCACGUACGAGCUCCGAGGGGAGGGGUUCUCCUGGCCUCCGGAGAGGAUUCCCGAACAAGGGGAGGAGGUCACCCGAAUGUUGAUCGGCCUUUUUAUUGAAGCCUGCAGAUUGAACUACUGUUAA